AUGGAAUUAUACAUCAAGGAGGCACGCCGUUUACGUUAUUCUUAUAAUCGAGAUUUGAAUUCGAUCAUGAAUAAAAAUGGUGUUGGAACAGAAGCUGAGAUUUGUUCAGGGUAUAUUAUCAAAUGGAUCAAGAAGGGUAAGAGCAAGACGGAUUUCGAACAACAUGCUUUCACAUUAGAUGCUGUGAAGGCCUUCAAGAAGGUAUGGAGAAACAAGUUUAUCAAGGAAUUUUAUGAUUCGGAAAAGAAGGUGGAUAUGUCACAGCGUCAUUUCAUUGAUGCUAAGGCAGCAGCGUGGUAUUAUGUGACAUAUCAUCCGGAUGAACGCAGGCGCGACUCCUCGGUAGAAGGUGGGUUCUUGAGUUUCCCUUGGUGUAUUUAUGAGUACAUUUGUGAUAUU